UACAGCAACCAAGGCAGGUGGGGAGAACAAGCAGAUGAUGUACAAAUAACCCACUUUAACAGCAUCUUUUAGGUACAACUGAUGUUAGAUGAGAGGGUUAGAGAACUCAUGUACUGUAUUGGCUCACUGUGUGUAAGUGUAUGUGUGUAUACAGCAUGAGUCACCCUGCCCGCCUGUGAUUGGAUGGUAGUUUAUGGGUGAGGGAGGGGACGAGAGCCUUAGGGGCCGUCUGUCAAUCUUCUCCUGCUUCAUUCACAUAUUCAUCUGCAUGCAGCGUCACAGAGAGACAGGGGAAGUGAGAGAGAGAGAGUCUCAUUCAUAAAGAAAGAGAGAAAGUUCAUUCAUAAAUCUGUGAUGUGCCUGAGAAAGAAAACAGGAGGAAAGUUGAAGCUUGGAAACUGACAGAAAGUGUUUGGAUGAGUGAGAUGGGACUGCACUGAGAGUGACUGGAGAGGAGGAGACUGGACUUCAGACUUCACAGGACAUCGCUAGUCCCACACUGCACUGUCCAGUUGCUUGAUUAUGAGAGAGCAAACCUUACCCAGGCUCAAAUCACAGAAAGGACUCUUACCAGGCAUGCUGAGACGCACUAAAUACAGCCGUCUACGUGAUGAUUCCCUCACAUCCCUGGAGGAGAGACCUCAAAGACUGCUGCCUCUGAAGGGGGACCUCUGCCUGGACUCUGAUUUUGCACAGCUGGAUCCCGGGACACCCGCACCCCAUGGGCCAUCCACCCUGAGAGAUUUUAUCCCCCGUGUGGCCAACAUCCGAUUGCACAGUCCCAUUUCCCUGCGGCCCCUGAGGGGACAGACAAACACAGCCAGGGAUAGAAUUAAUGGACACCCUGACAGACCUUUGUCCGGAGCAGAGUUUUGCUCCAGGGCUGAUCAGAGAUUUUGUUCCCUCAGUGCACCCCUGUCAACAAGCCAAAACAUAAAUCAGUCGGCUCUACGCUGCACAAAAAGACCCAUCACCCUACAUCGCAUGGCCAACCUCCCUUGGACCCCAAGCUGUCCUCACAGAGACGGUGUGAGCUGUCUGAAGACUUUCUUUGCAGCAGAUGACUGUGCAAUGGUGCGGAAAGCAAGCAGAAGGAUUCACCAUCAUAUCAAGUACAUGGGCAGUGUGGAGGUGACACAGUCAAUGAGAACACUGGACUUUAAUACCAGGAUGCAAGUCACAAGAGAAGCAAUCAGCAGACUGUGUGAGAGGACGUCUGCAAAGACAGCUCUGAAAACUAAAAAGCCUGUCUGUAAGGGACUCUCUGCUGUUCUUGGUCAAAUCAACCUCCAGUUUUCAGGCAGCAGGAUCAUCCUCUCUGUCUCGACAGACAGCAUGACUGUGAUCACCGCUGCCUCCUUACAGAAAAUUGCUCAUCACCCCAUGCAGGCCAUCUCAUUCGCCUCAGGAGGAGACCCGGAAAUGGCAGAUUACAUUGCUUAUGUAGCAAAGGACCUCUGCAAUCAUAGAGCAUGCCACAUCCUGGAGUGUCCCAGAGGUCGGGCCACUGAGGUUAUCAACAGCAUCGGUCAGGCUUUUGAGACUCGCUUCCGCCAGCUACUCAGCCAACCGGCGUCACUCGUCUCCAGCAAUCACAGGUCAGCAGUGAGACUGUGUCACAUAUGGAGCCCAGAGGAGACGAUAACAGACCAAAAGGUGAAGCAGCAGGGCGGUGAACGUCGUGACUACUACAACAUGAUCCCAGGACAGACAACAACACUGGGAGGAGCUGAUGACCUGGAGAUCACCAGGGAUGAGAGCAAACAGGAGGCUGAAGUACAAACGGUUUGUCCUCAGACUGUUUCUCUUUAUGAGAACUGCUCCAUCACUGAAGAAACUACGGCUCCAUCUACAGACUCAGUAGACUCUGAAGCAAAUCCUGAACCACAAUCAGCUCCACAAGAGACUUCAAUCCCAGACCUGAUCCAGAAAGAGGGCUGGUUCCAUGGCAGGUUAGGCAGAGAGGAGGCGGAGUCUCUCCUCACCUGUAGUGGGGACUUCCUGGUCAGAGAGAGCAGCUCUGCCUCUGGUCAGUACGUCCUCAGUGGGAUGGAGGGAGCAACAGUUCGACACCUGCUGCUGGUCGAUCCACACGGACAGGUGCGGACUCGUGAUCAGGUGUUUCUGAGUGUUGGUCAUCUGGUGCGUUUCCACAUGGAGAAUCAGACCCCCAUCAUCUCUGGAAGCAGCGAGCUGUGUCUGAGGCAGCCGGUGCUACAAAGACACUAACAGACAAACACAUGUGGACUGUCAGAUAAAACAACAGCUUUAGGAUCAAUCAUGUGCUCAAGAAAAUAAAAAUCUGCUUUUUUUAGCUUCAUGAAGAAUCUACCAGGCUCUGCUAACAUACCAGACAUCACUGACAGAAUAAAUGAUCAUUUGUUUAUAAAAAAAAAAAACAGUUCUGACACGUCCAGUCGGCUGUUUUUCCUCUCCUAACACUUCAGUAAAGACUUGUGCGGCCUGUUCCUUGCCUCGUGUUGUGAACAGCUGCCGCCUGCAGAACAUCCUGUCUCCGAGCCUCAGGCUGAACUUGUUGGUGUUUACUCAAAGAUUAAGCACAAUCACUGGUGUCAAGAGGAAAUGACCAGAAUGUUGGCGGAGUUAUAACACAAUAAUCUUUUUCACAUGCUUAAUUUCUCCUCUGCUCCUUUGUUUUUGAUUGUUUUCCCUCCCCAUUUCCUUUGUUUGAAACCUUUUGGAUGCUACCUUUCAUCAUUUUGACUGUUACACUCUGAUAUGAAACUCAAAUAUUGUUUGUAAGCAGAAUAUAGGAAAACAUUUGCAGUUUAGGCUCAGAUA